AUGUGGAAACUUCGCGACAUGAUUCGCAACUUUUACAUUGCAAAUUAUAGAGAUUUUGUAUUUGUGAAGAACGAUCGCCUGCGACUGACUAUGGAAUGUGCAUACGAAGGAUGUGAAUGGUGUAUCCAUACUUCCCGACUUGGGAAUCAAGCAAGUUUUGCAAUUAAAAAAAUGAAUAGUCAGCAUACAUGUGGCGGAGGGUUGCAAGUCCUGUCGCAUCCUGAGGCUUCGAAACGUUGGAUUUCAAACAUAGUUAAAGAAAAACUUCAAGAUAUGCCGUUAUAUAGGCCGACUGAUAUCGUAAAGGAUAUUCGUCGAGAAUAUGGUGUUGAAUUGUCGUAUCAUCAAGCUUGGCAUGGGAAGGAGGUGGCUAUGAAGGACCUUUAUGGUCACAGAUCAAAAUCUUAUGACCGGAUACGCUGGUAUUGCGAUGCCAUUCUUGAGACCAACCCUGACAGCAUAGUGGAGUAUGGAACUAUUGAAGGUCGAUUCAGACGCCUAUUCAUUUCAUUUCAUGCUUCAGUAGUGGGUUUCAUAAGAGGAUAUAGACCUCUGAUUUUUAUGGAUGGAACAUUUAUAAAGCAUAAGGAUGGAGGAGUAGUACUUGGCGCGACUUCCAAAGAUGCGAACGAUGAUAUGUUUUCUAUUGCUUAUGGUGUGGUCGAUACGGAGACUGAUGAUAAUUGGGACUGGUUUUGUCGGAAUUUGAAAGAAGCAAUUUAUAGUUGCAUUGAGUGGCGAAGUGAGCAAAUCACAUUUAUGACGGAUAGACAUCAAGAAAUUAUUAAAUCAGUGCCAAAGUACUUUUCUGGUAGUUAUCACUCAUAUUGUUUCCGUCAUGUGAAAGACAACUUCAAGAAUCAGGUGCUUGUCCAUUAUUGUGCAAGUGAGAGAAAGAUGCUGCUCGAUUUACUAAAUGCUGCUGCCUAUACUCCAAGGCUAAAUGUUUUCCACAAAUUAAUUAGCAAGCUUACAUUAGAUGCUCCAGGAAGUAGAACUUUUCUCCUGCAUGCAAAUCCGAAGCAUUGGGCAAAUGCAGUAUUUCCAGGUCCACGAUGGGGUAUUAUGACAUCUAACGUGGCAGAGUGUUUCAACAGUUGGAUCUUGGAGGCUCGCCAUCUUCCCGUGCCUCAGUUGGUUGACCAUAUCAGGCUUCAAAUAAUGACAUUGAUGCAUGAACGGCGUAAUCGAGGUUACAAUAUUCAAACAAAUCUAUGCCCAGAUGUAGAGAAAGUAUUGCAUAGAAAUGCAGAAGACGGUCGGAGAUUAUCCGUAUUUACGUCAAACAUAAUGAUAUAUGACGUAAAGGAUACAAACUACUCUUGCGAAGUUGACCUCCAGAAUAACAAAUGCUCUUGCGGCGAGUGGCGAAUAUUCCGCAUACCAUGUAAGCAUGCAUGUGCAUGCAUUGAGAAGGCUGGUAGAUCACUGUACCACUUCACUGAUAAUUGUUUCAAAACUGAAAUGUACAGAGCAACAUAUGCUGAAGCUAUUAGUCCAAUUCCUGAUAUCGAGGAGCUCUAUAGUGCCUCAGAUGAGAUUCAUAUUUUACCCCCAAUCAUAAAGACUCAUCCAGGUAGGCCAAAAAAGAAGAGAAGACCUUCGCAAGGGGAGUUAGUACGUCAUAUAAAAUGUGGAUGCUGCGGAAAGCUUGGGCACAAUAGAAGAACUUGUAAUGUGGCCAUCGACUAA